AUGUUCGACGUGCAGCAGAUGUUCUAUUGCUUCAAGGUCAACAAGGAACACCGUGAUUUGCUUCGUUUCUUUCGGCACAAAGACAACAAUCCAAAGAAAGAGAUUAUAGAAUACCGAAUGACGGUUCAUGUCUUUGGGAACAUCCAUUCGCCAGCUGUAGCCACCUACUGCCUCAGAAAAGCUGUCGAGACUGCAGAUGAAGAUGUGAGAACCUUUGUAAACAGCGUCUUCUAUUUAGACGAUGCCUUGACAUCACAUUUAAAGGAAGAAGAAGCUAUUGACUUGAUUAAAAGAACGCAAGAAACCUUGCGUAGAAGCAGUAUUAGACUGUAUAAGAUAGCCUCUAAUUCUAGAGUUGUGAUAAGCAGUUUCCCAGUAGAAGACCUCGCAAUUGACAUGACAUCCUUUGACAUCUCUACAGAUGAAAUGCCUGAUCAGGCUAGUCUAGGUUUGAAAUGGAAUAUCAAUGCCGAUACAUUUGAGUUCAAGAUCAACAUUGCUGGUAGACCAUUCACAAGACGAGGAGUAGUUGCCACAGUCAACAGCAUUUUUGACCCGCUAGGAUUUCUUGCGCCUGUGACAAUAGAAGGAAAAAUCUUGGUACGGGAAAUCAUGAAUGAGGCCACAUCAUCAGAUUGCGUUGCCAAGACACUUAGAAGGAAAAUGGGAACAAUGGAAAAACCCAUUAACCUCAUUGAAUGA